UACAGUGGUCACACCAAGGAAAAUGCAUUCACCGGCCGCGGCAAUACGUUGGACAUGUUUCAGUGUUGUAAUAUGUUUGGCAUCUGCUGCAGGAGAUUUGACUCCUAUUCACGAAUGUCCACCAGACUGGAUCCCGGCUGGAGAUCACUGUUACGUGAUUCCACAGAUAGAAAACUCUUGGAUGUCGAUAAUGUCAUUGUGUGCAGCUUAUGGCGGGAGCUUAGCACAUAUAUCAUCGCAGACAGAAAACGACGUCAUAGCGAAACUUGCCAGAGAAAAUCACUCUAAUGGCAACAUGCUGUGGAUAGGUGGAACAACGUAG